AUGGAACUCCAGACCAUAUUGGAGAUGAUUUUAUUUCUGCUUUUUCUCUUUGUCCAACUGUCGGAUGCUACAGUAUCCCGAGGCUUCCAAGGAUUCUGUCUGGACGAGGGCUUUGAUGUUACCAUAUUUCGGCUCGAUCUCGCGCCUCAGGGCUCGUUUGGCGGAGGAAAUAAUAGCAAAGCCAGGGAGACAGGGUAAACAAAAGUUGGCAAAAAAAUGAGAUUUUUUUUGCGAAUUUUGACAACAUGAAAAGUUGCAUGCCUAUUUCUACCGUGUAGGGUGAUGCUUCGACAAAAAAUCAAAUUUUUCCGCAGGUUUCGUUCUAUAAAGAUUGAUUUUGGCCCAAAAUGGAUUCAUGAAAAUAUUGUUUGUUAUAGAGAGGUUUCGCACUGGAGUUUGUUAUACAGAGGUUUUAGUUUACAUAUUUGUCAGUUGCGUAUUAAAAAUAACGUGGAGCCCAUUUACAACAACCUCCGUACAGCGAAACCUCGCUAUAGCGAAAAAACGUAGCAGUUUGCACCCGGGACGUAGCAAAAAAUGCUGCAAAAUGCCUCCCCAUCCAACUAGAGAAACUCCGUUUUGAAGGGAUCCCUGACAAAAAGAGCGGGUGUGCUUUUGAAAUCGGAGUUUUUUCACUUGGAGAGGGAGGUAUUUUGCUGUAUUUUUGAUACUUCCCGGUCAUAAAUGCCUCCCCAUCCAACUAGGGAAACUCCGUGGAACCUAGUUAUAGUGAACUUUCAGCGGUUUGAAGAGCCACUUUUGAGCCCAUUUACAACAACCUCCGUUCAGAAAAAUCUGAACGUCGCCACUCAAACACUUCCCUUUUACAGUGACGGACCUGGUCCAGUGGCAAAAAACGUACCAUUUUGCAUCCGGGAAGUAUCAAAAAAAUGUGGCAAAAUGCCUCCCUCUCCAACUAAAACAGCUCCGCUUUGAAGGGCUUCCUCACAAAAAUAGCGGGUGUGCUUUUGAAAUCGGAGUUUUUUCAAAUCAAGAGGGAGGUAUUUUGCCGCAUUUAUGAUACUUCCCGGAUGCAAAAUGAUACUUUUUUUUGCCACUGGAUCAGGUCCGAAACUGUAGGUUCUAUGUUCUGCCGUUUUCAGGAAGAACCCGGUUGUUUUCAUCCAUGGCCCGACAAGUUAUGCCGGCCACCUCCAAUUCAUUACCGAUCAAUUCAAACAAGUGGGCUAUACGGAGUCAGAGUUGUAUGGGACGACCUACGGCGAGAAGAAGGACGUGUUCGAAACGACACAGCCAAAUCUAUAUUGCUCUUACGUUAAACUUGUAAGCUCUAAAAAUCGAGAAAACGCCUAGCGUUUUCAGCAACGAGACUUCAUCAAGGCGGUGGCAAAAUACACGCAACGACCGGUCGAUGUGCUCGCGUUUUCCGUUGGAGCAGUGAUUGCGAGAAAGGCGAGUUAAAGGCGACUUAACAACAUGAUUUGCUUCAGGCAAUUCUCGGUGGAACUUGCGCGGAGUCCGAUGAGAAUCUGGGAGAGCCUCUAACGGCGACAGUCAGGAAUUUCAUUUCCGUCGGAGGCCCGCAUCAUGGUCGUGCGGCUUGCAACAACGAGGGCUGCGACCAGUUGAUUGGGCUGUGGUGCCAUUCAAAGUUCAUCGCUGACCUUAAAGACAAGUGGGUUUUUUUGGUUAAGGCCGAAGAAGCCCUCCAACCGAAGAGGCCCCCAAAGUGAAGAGGUCCCCCAAAAUGAAGAGGCCCACAAAGUGAAGAGGUCCUCCAAAAUGAAGAGUCCCUGCAAAAUGAAGAGGCCCCAAAGCGAAGAGGUCCCCCAAAGUGAAGAGGUCCCCCAAAAUGAAGAGGUCCCCCAAAAUGAAGAGUCCCCGCAAAAUGAAGAGGUCCCAAAGCGAAGAGGUCCCCAAAGUGAAGAUGUCCCCCAAAAUGAAGAGUCCCCGCAAAAUGAAGAGGCCCCCAAAGUGAAGAGGCCCCAAAGCGAAGAGGUCCCCAAAGUGAAGAGGUCCCCCAAAAUGAAGAGGCCCCAGAACAAAGAGGCUUCCAAAACAAAGAGGCUCCCAAAGUGAAGAUGACCCAAAAACGAAGGGCCCACUAUCCGAAGAGGCCCCCAAAACAAAGAGACCUCUUUUUUGAAAAAACAAAAAAAAAUCCCUGGCGAGAGGUGACAUGUUAUACGAUGAAAAAUUUUUUAUGGACCUCUUCACCUUUUUGGGAGGCCUCUUCACCUUUUUAGGGAUCUCUUCACCUUUUUGGGGACUCUUCAUUUUGGGAGCCUCCUCGCCUUUUUUGGGGACCUCAUAAACUUUUUUUUCGGGACCUCUUCAACUUUUUUUUGGGGACUUCACCUUUUUUAAGGGCCUCUUCUUUCUGGGGGACCUCUUCGCCUUUUUGGGGACCUCUUCACCUUUUUUGAGAUCUCUUCACCUUUUUUGGGGACACCUUCACCUUUUUUUGAGAGCCUCUUCAUUUUGGACGACAUCUUCGCCUAUUUUGGGGCUACUUCACCUUUUUGGGAUCUGGGGCUUAUUCGUUUAGGGGCCUCUUCACCUUUUUUGGGGACCUUUUCGACUCUUUGGGGGCCUCCUCACCUGCAGCGGUUCUCUUUGGUCUGCCUCCGCUUUAACGUUACUUACCACAAAAAUUUCAGACUCCACUACGAAGGGAGUCGAACCAUCUCCCUUUGGAGCAGCCAUGACGAUUAUAUUGGCUACAAAGUCUGCGAUGGCGAGCCGACCGCACAAAUCGAGCAAUCAGAUGUUGCUUUAGAGAUCCCCGACCUCAGCCAUCAGCAGUUGAUUUGGUUCAUAACACCGCUACUCAUUGACCUGAUUAAUGGAAAAAAUGUGACCAAGGAAGACGCCGCUAAGGCUGCGUUCAAAGCGCUGUUGGAAUUUAAUAAGAACCCCAGGCCUUGGCCGUAUUCCAGCCGGAAUUUUUAA